AGGCAAGAUACACGGUCAUUGCAAGUGACGUAGGAGCAUAGAGUUUGCGAAACAGCAGAGUACAGUAGAAUAUUCCACCAUGUCAGAUUGCAUCGUGAAAGGCUGUUUCAGCAGUACAAAGAAAGGGAAAUCCAAUCCUGCUGUGUCUCUCCAUGUUUUCCCAAAGACUCCUAAACUAAUAAAAACCUGGCUACAGCAAACAGGUCAAUAUGUUGGAAACCUUGACAAUAAGGUUAAACAUGUUCUAGAGACAAAUAAGUAUCACAAAUAUAGGAUGUGCUCAAUACAUUUCACUGAGGAUUCAUAUUAUACACAUGGUGUUAAAAAAUAUUUAAGACUAGAUGCUAUUCCAAGUCUCUUUCCACAUAAUUCACUAUAUCCAACUGCACCUCCAACCUCUGCAGAGCAUUUGCCAUCUACCUCUGGCUCUCAAACUAAUUUUUUACCCACCAAAAAAAUUGUUAUUUCAUUGAAUGAUGGUCAACCGUUCGAGCAAGUAUUUCAGUUAGGGGCUAAAUCGACUCAGACAACACCACGUGUGUCGCAGCAACAAACUACAUGCCAUGUUUGUGGUCAUCAUAUUUAUAAAAGUUACCAAGAUGCAAGUACAAACACAGAGCCUCCUGAGAUUUCUGACAAAAGCACAGAUUUUGAUCCUUUUUAUGGUACACUAACUUGUCAAAACCAAACUGGCUCAAUGUUGGGCAUGAGAAAUGCAUCAUCUACUACAAAAGGCUUGGUUAAGAUGGUUGAUGCAUACUCUUGGACUGGUGUAGUUACUAAAUACUGGGAUUUUUCAUCUGAACAGUCUGAAGAUUUUCUUCAACCGGGUGAUACCAUUAUAGAACAUCAAGAAAAAAAAGGUAUCGGCACUCAAGAUAGAAAUCUAAUGAAAAAACGUUUACGCUCCCGAUCUAAAAGAUCUUCAAAGCACCAAAGUGCUUCAGCUGUUGAAGUGCAGUCGGUUAAUACUGAUCCUGUUUCAGAAACUUUAAAAAUGUCAACAGAAAUUACAUUUCAAUCAAACAUGGUAUGUGGUGACUCAAAAAUAUUAGACUCUGAUUGCAGUGCAGAGACAGCAGGUUACAGCAUGGAGGAAUUUUCUGUUCUUGAUGACCCACCAUUUCAAGAUUAUGUAAAGGAAAGAAAAUACAUUGUUUUCGAAAGUUGCAUUGAUCAGUUGUUAAAGCGAACAACUUGCACCUCUGUAAAAAGCUGCAAAUCACCCCUAGUAAAAAUAACUAAAAGAGUUGUUGGCACAAUGUUGAUGGUUAGUGGUGAAUGUCAGCAGGGUCACAAGUGUUCAUUGUGGCAAAGCCAGCCUUGCCUCAGUGGAUUUCCUGUUGGAAACAUGUUGUCCUGUGCCUCAAUUCUUUUCAGUGGAAACCAAUUUCCAAUGAUCAAAGAAAUGUUCAGUUACCUUGGGGUUCAGUUUGUAGACGACUCAACAUAUUACAAGUAUCAAAAACAGUAUUUAUUCCCAACGAUUGAUAUGCGCUGGAAGGAAGGGAAACGGUCAAUCAUUAGGUCACUCCAUGGUAAACCAAUUACUUUAUAUGGAGAAGGGCAGUGUGAUAACCCUGGAUAUACUGGAAAGUUUUACACGUAUACCAUGCUUGAAGAGGAAAGCAAAAAAAUAAUCGAUUUCAAAAUCAUUAAGGUUUCUAAAGCGACCUCCUCAGUAGCUAUGAAGGCUAAGGCUUUCCGGAGGUGUUUGAAUAGUAUACUGAAUGAUGGUCUACUUGUCAGGAUUGUUGCUACAGAUAGACAUGUUAAAAUAAAAAAAAUAAUGCUAGAGGAGUAUUCAGAAAUCCUUCACCAAUUUGAUAUUUGGAAUUACAGUAAAAGCCUUAGAAAGAAACUUCUAGCUGUGAGCAAAAAUAAGUCUUGCAUGGAUCUAACACCAUGGGUUCCAGUUAUUAUAAACCACCUAUGGAAAUCGAGCAUGCUGUGCCAAGGGAAUGAGCAAUUAAUGUCAGAAAUAUGGAGAUCUAUUCUCUUCCACGUUGUGAACAUUCAUUCUUGGAAAAGUGGUAGCUUAGUAAUGUCUUGUGCACACAAGCCAGCAAAUGAUGAGGAACUGAAAAAACCACCGUGGUUGCCACAAAAGUCUCACACGAUCCAUGACUUGCGUUCUAUUGUCUGCAGUCCACAGAUAGAAAGUGACAUGAAGAACUUGACGGAAUUUUGUCACACAGGGAACAUAGAGGUUUUCCACAAUCUCCUUUUAAAAUACAAAGUGAAAGGAAUGCAUUGUAAAAUGGAUGAAAUGGAAGCUAGAACUAAACUAGCAGUCCUAGCGCAUAAUUCUAAUGUAUAUGGAGAGCAGAAACGAAUAAGAUACACUUAUGGAGAUCUGCAGUUCAAACCGUUUUUCCCUAAGAACAAGCACGAAUGGCAAGUACGACCAACUUAUGACUCCAUGAACAUGGACCAUAUUUUCCCAAUGAUGACGGAUGUACUUAAAUUGGUAUUCUGGGAAAUGGAACAUUCCUGGCAGUCGCGAAUUUCUCAUCUUGACCCGACCUGUCCAAGAAAGUAUUGAUAGAAAGCGAAAGUUGCAUUUUGAUAAAACAAAACUAAUGUAAUACAGAGGAAUAUAAUUAUCUAAGAUAAGAGAACUUUACAUAAUAUAACGUUUGUGUUGCUGAAGACCACCAACUACAUAUUUUACAUGUAGAUUUUUGUUUACUAAUUCAUAGGCUUAACUUUUCCAUUAACAUUUUCAAUUUGAAACAAUUAAAGUAUAACCUUUUUCUCUCUUGUUGAGUCACUUAGCUCCUCCCAAAAAUAAAGCUGAUAAUAUUAAGGGGAAAUUAAACCCAAAAGGAUUCUUUCAUUUUUCACUUAGGGCAGCGAUGAACCAACCACCUAACACAUUGGGCAGAUCAAUAUUUUAGAAGCUUUUAGAGCUGCAUAUACAUUUCUAGCUAUUAAAGGGACAUGAAACCCAUUUUUAAUGAUUUGUAUAGAGAAAACAAUUUUGAACAACUUUCCAAGUUUUGUAUCUUUGUUGAAGAGAUGUCUAGAUAGGUAGCGUGCACAUGACAGGAAAUAGUGCUGCCAUCUAGUGCUCUUGCUAAUGUAACACACUUGCAAAAUUGCUGCCAUCUAGUGCUCUUGCUAAUGUAUAACAUUAUUAUAAAACUGCUGCCAUCUAGUGCUCUUGCUAAUGUAUAACAUUAUUAUAAAACCGCUGCCAUCUAGUGCUCUUGCUAAUGUAUAACAUUAUUAUAAAACCGCUGCCAUCUAGUGCUCUUGCUGAUGUAACACACUUGCAAAACUGCUGCCAUCUAGUGCUCUUGCUGAUGUAACACACUUGCAAAACUGCUGCCAUCUAGUGCUCUUGCUAAUGUAACACACUUGCAAAACUGCUGCCAUCUAGUGCUCUUGCUAAUGUAACACACUUGCAAAACUGCUGCCAUCUAGUGCUCUUGCUAAUGUAUAACAUUAUUAUAAAACCGCUGCCAUCUAGUGCUCUUGCUAAUGUAACACACUUGCAAAACUGCUGCCAUCUAGUGCUCUUGCUAAUGUAUAACAUUAUUAUAAAACCGCUGCCAUCUAGUGCUCUUGCUAAUGUAACACACUUGCAAAACUGCUGCCAACUAGUGCUCUUGCUAAUGUAUAACAUUAUUAUAAAACCGCUGCCAUCUAGUGCUCUUGCUAAUGUAACACACUUGCAAAACUGCUGCCAUCUAGUGCUCUUGCUAAUGUAACACACUUGCAAAACUGCUGCCAUCUAGUGCUCUUGCUAAUGUAACACUUUUGCAAAACUGCUGCCAUCUAGUGCUAUUGCUAAUGUAACACACUUGCAAAACUGCUGCCAUCUAGUGCUCUUGCUAAUGUAACACACUUGCAAAACUGCUGACAUUGCGUGUACGCUCCUGAACUUGCCUUCCUGCUUUUGAACAAAGGAUAACAAGAAAACAAACAAAAUUUGAUAAUAUAAGCGGGAAUUUGUUUAAAAUUGUAUUUUCUGAUUCAUGAAAGAACUAUUUUGGAUUUAUGUCCCUUUUAAACACGCAAAUAAUAUUUCCUAAAAAUGUUCCGUUCAGCAGAGGGCAUUUUGGGACAUGGUCACCUUGUUUUUCCACCCAUCAGAAGUUUUCAAAGCACAAAUUUCUGUUUUUUCCUGAGGCCAAAAAAAAAUAACACCCAUUCUGCUUUUUCUGGGAGCCUCCGAAACUAUUGCCAGGGGCCACAGGUAGCCCACGAUCUGCUAGUUGGCCAUUCUUGAGAUAGAGCAUACAAUGUUAAACAACUUUCCAAUAUACGUCUGUUAUUUGCUUCCUUCUGUUGGUAUUCUUUGUUGAAAAUCAUACCUAGGUAGGCUGUGGAGCUAACUGGAACUAUCUGCUGAUUGGUGGCUGCACAUAUAUCUCUUGUCAGUCAAUCUCAGUGCAUUGCUGCCCCUUUAACAAUGAUUUGCGUAUAUAAUUAAAGUGAUUGUAAAUGCUCGGAUUUACCAUCACUUUAAAUUGGAAAUGUAAAUUUGAUUUAUAAAUGCAUGUUCUAUCUGAAUCAUGGAAACACAUUUGGGUUUCAGGUCCCUUUGAGACCGAUUGCUUUUGUAUAACAGUUGUCUGUUUUGUAGUAAUUGUAUUUUUGUAAGUUACUCUCUAGUAUUCUGUAAGCAUUUGUGUUUUAAAAACGAUUCCAUUUUGACUAUAUAAGGAAAUAAAAACGUUUUUAUAAUAA